AGACAGCGCAGGUGAAGAGCGGGACAGAGAGCCACGGGGGCUGCGCAGGGCUGGGAGGCUCCCGGGCAGGAAGGCCCCAGGAGGAGGAGCAGCGCUGGCCCUUAGGCCGCCCACACCCGCAUUCGGACCUUCCUGAAACGUUUCAAGGACUGUCAUUGUCUCAAUUGUCUCCCUUGACAAUUCUCCGAGGUCGUUCUCCGAGGUCGAUGGCAUCUUGUCCAUUUUACAGAUGAGGAGCCUGAGGCUCAGAAGGCUUAAAUUAUGGGCCCAAAGCCCCACAGUUAAUCAAGAGCAGAACUGGGGCCAUUCGCUCACUCACCCACUCAUCAUGUGUCCAUCUCGGUGGCCGGGCUGUGGCCCCCUUGCUCUCAGAGCAGCCCUGCCUCUGCCACUCGUCCUGAGGCAAGUCUGGGAGAGUGGCCCUGCCUGGGACAGCCACGGCUGCCAGAAAGCAAGCCCCAGGCGGGCUCGGGGCAGAGGGAGCCGGCCAAGGCAUAGAAAUAGGAGUGGAUUCAUGUCCUGGGACUCUGAGCUUGGCCUUCGCCUCCUUCCCACGCAUCAGCCCGUCCUUCCCCAACAGCUCCUGUGGCCGCCCCCUUCUCCGCGGCCACCUCCCUCAUCCAAGCCACCGGCACCCCGUGCCGACAGUCACAAGAGCGUCCAACUGCCCUCCUCCUCGCACACUCUCUCCUACAGUCCAUUCUCAACGCGGCGGCCAGAGGCAGCUUUUAAAAAUAGAAAUCACAUCAUGAUACUCUCCUGCCUACAGCCUCUCAAUGGCUCCCGGCUCACUCAGAAUAAAAGCCGUGUGCCCUGCCUUGGCUGCAAGUCCUUCCACAACUUGGCCCGCGGUCCUCUCCCUGCCCGUCCUGUGACCGCUCUUCCCUCAAUGACUGGGCUCCCACCACACCCGCCUGCUUCACGGGCCUUCAGCCCCCGGCUUUUCCCCGCCUCCAGCACAAGCCGGCCCCCACCACGUCCCCUCCCAGCCUAUUCUCUUCCAUCAGGUCUCGGCUUUCUUUCCUGGCAUCCCACAUGGGGUCUGAUCCCCCGAUGUCCCGUUCUACACUCCAGCACUUUCCUUUCGCAGCGUGACUCCCAGGCUGUAACAGAGAUUUAUCUGUUUCCUUGAGUCUGACUCUCGCCCUCGGCCAGGAUUUCCAGGAGGGAUGUCUGUCCUCCCCACCGGAUCCCGGCAUCCCACGGUUUCUGGCACAUAGUAGGUACCCGAUAAACAUGUUAAGUGAAUCAAUAAUUGAACGAAUGAAUAAAUGCCAGGGAAAUGCCUGACGGAACAGCAGGAGUGUGCCGGGGUGGAGCAGGCGCUACGGCCGGGGGGAGAGCCAGGAGGAGCUGGGAUGGGUUGGAAAGGUACCAGGGAGCCAGGGUAAGGUCUGGAGCCGGGGGAUCUCUGGACCCUGGGAGGCUUAGAUGAAGGAGAGGCCAGUCUGGGAGGUUCAAGGGGCACAGGCCAGCCUUGAGGCCUGAGGGGAGGAGACCUGAACCAGGAAGGAGAGAGGAUGCUUAAGGUCUCAGCCCCAUUGAUGGAGAAGAUGAAGAGGAUGCUAGAAGCAGAGAGAAGCCUCUGAUUGGAGCAGACCUGGAAGAGGAAAUCCUAAGUUCCCUGAAUCCCCAGGCUCUGAAUUCCUUCAGGGUCCCUUCCUCAUAUUCAAGGGGGCUACGUCUUGCUCAUCUUGGAGUUCCCCAGGCCACUUGCCCAUGUGACCCUUGGCAUCUAUUCAGGUGAAAUGCGUGAGGACAAACAUUCUGGAAAUCUCAGAGGCUCCCAUAGGUCCCUACACCUGAGUCAGCUCCUUCAACACCAGAAGAGGCCAUCUCCUAUCUGGCAAACUCUUAUUCAUCCCUCAGAAUCCAUCCUGAAUGGCCCCUCUUCUGGGAAAUGUUCUCCAGCAUCACCAAGGGGAGUUACGCAGUGUGUGGCCUAAUUAUCUACACAUCUAAGUCCUCCAUGAGACCAGGCCUGCCUUGAGGGCCAUAAUGCUUUUCUGCACCCCCAGGACCCAGAACAGUGCUCAGCUCAUAGUUAAUGCUAGGUAAAUGUUUGCAGAAGGGACCGGUGGAUUGGGGCUCUGCCCACAAACCUCACCCCACCAGCUGGCUACACACACCUCCAGACGGCUGAGCCUCUUGCUGGUUGUGCCAUCUCUCAACUGGUCCCCAUGCUGACCGGGGACGAGGAGCGUCCAGAAACACACAGAAGCACCCACUAGCUCACCCCCGAUGACUGACUCAGUGGGUGAGCUGGGGGACAGCAGAUGGAGAAGAGUCCCUGGGGCGUGCACAGAAGGUUCUGGAAAGCCAGGGCAUUGGGCAGCUGGAGGGCUGCUGGGAAAGGGUUCUGGUUUCUCUAAGUGGGGUCCAGGCACCCAAAGGGCAGAAAUUGCUCCUGAAGAUAAGAAAGAAGGGCCUGCAGGAGAGAGGAAGGACAUCUGCCUCCGUAGGGGCCACUGCUCCUGUGCGUCAGGAGGGGCCUGUCCCAUGUGUGGGGAGGGGCGGAGGCUGGGAACAGACAGAGUGUAUUUCACAAACUAGUAGAGUGUUUCCUGGGUGUCAGGCACUAUUGUAAGUGCCUUUACAACUUGCUGAUGUACUGACUUGAAACAGGCUCAGCAAGGUUCAGGAACUUCCCCCAGGUCACACAGCUAAUAAGCUGGGCCUCAAACUCAGGCAGCCUGGCACAGCCUGUGCACUUAACCGCUACAGCUUGGUGGCCCCAGAUGCCCCACCUCUACAUCCUGUGGGUCCCUCCCUUCCUUCCUGCCCUCCUCAGGAAGAGUCACGUGUCUGGGCUGAAGCCCCAGCUGGCGGCGGCCCAGCUUUCUUCCUCGGCCUCUGGCUGUGAUGCCAGCUCCACUAGGCCCUGUAACCCGAUGCCAGCAAGACACAAAAUGCAUCAGGUUAGCUGGGCCAAGACAGAGCACACUCCCGUGUGCAUCUAUGCAUCAGGUAGAUCUUGACAAAGGGGUCGCUGGUGCCGCUGAAGUCCUUGGCGGGCAGCUCCUGGGCCUUCAUGAUCUUCACGGUGAGCGUGGACUCCUGGAAGUUGUAGCCGACGCUGAACUGGAUCCGGCCCAGGUUCUCUCGGCUGCAGCCCUCAUGGGCCUCGUCCUCCUCGGAGCCUGGGGAGAGCUGGGGGCGGGGCGAGGCCAGCAGGGUUGGGGAGGAUUCCGCUCCCCCAAAGCCCCCGCCACAGCCCACCUCAGUUAGGAGGCCUCCCUGGGCCCAAAGCCAGUCCAGCUGCUGAGAGCUGUGCUCUCUCCCUGGUCUCAGUGAGGGGCUGGUGGUGGCCCGUCCCACGUUCACAUCUGGCUGAGGAUGCUCAGGCAGAGGGCCGUGCCUGGACCAGGGUCACACAGGGAGGGAGAGAGGAGCCAGGACAGUCCCUGUCUCCUGAAUCCCGCUCCCCAGCCCCAGGUCUGCCAUCACCCCAGCCCCAGCCCCACCGCAGGCUGCCUUCGCCUCCCGGGUCAUGGCUGUGCUGGUGCGCCCCAGGUCCCCGAGCUCCCUCCUCCGGUUUCCACGGCCCUGAGGGGCCCACUGUGAAACACACCAACGCAGACACCUGGACUCCAAAACAGAUGUGGGGGAUCGCUCACAUCUCAAAAGAGUUUACCACGAUAUUUCUUUGCAAAGUGACUCUCUGGGGUUCUGAGGAUGAUGUGAUUUACAAAAUGAGAGAGGCGAGUUUUCA